UUCUGCAUCUUCUGUGUGUCUGCUUCACUUCUCCUUCUUCUGAAGAGGACAGUCACAGGCGGUGAGCGAGACUCGGCACCGGUUUUCUUCCUGCAUUCCUGAAGAGCAGCAGGGGCGAGUUCAGGCCGGCCGGGGAGCAGGAGCAUGGUGCAGGCCUCCGCUGAAUGAGGAAGUAGGUGUGACAGGUCCAGGAGGCCGGGCGAAGGUGUGGCCUCGGCAGAUCAGCAGCACAGCGUGCAGGUCGGCUGCAUAAAGACCGAUCACAGCAGCUCACCCGACUGUCUGCACCCGGACAAUGACGCCAACACUCCUGCUGUGGCUCCUCAUCCUCAAUGCCUCGCUCAAGUGCUCAGGGAGCCACGGGCCUCGGUUCGAAGAGGACCAGGACUACGAGGUGGUUCGACCUGUCAGACUCCACACGGUCAGAAAGCGACAUGCGGAGCCCGCCAGAGCAGAGACCCUGAGGUACGCUCUGACCGUGGGAGGAAGAGACAUUGAAAUGCUUCUGGAAAAGAACAAUGAACUCCUCACCAGAGAUUACACUGAGACUUACUACCAAGACGACGGGACUCAAGUCACCACGGCGCCAAACGACAUUGAUCACUGUUAUUACCACGGGAGGAUCGUCGACGACAGCGACUCGUCCGUCAGUAUCAGCACCUGCGAUGGACUCAGGGGUUACUUCAGGACGGCGGCCCAGCGGUACCUCAUCGAGCCGCUGUCCGGCGACGACCAGGGUGAGCACGCCGUGUCCACCGUCACGGAGAAGAGCUUCACGCCCGCCGUGUGCGGCGUCACCAACACCAGCUGGAGCGACGACUUCGAGCCGCCCACGAGCCGCAGCCGCUCCAGAUCGGCGGGAGUCUCUAUCCUCCAGCAGCAGAAGUACAUCGAGCUCUUCCUCGUGGCCGAUCACCGAGAGUACGUGAAGAUGAACAGAGAUAUGACAGAGCUGAGAAAGAGGAUAUUUGAUAUCGUCAACUUUGUGAACAUGGCGUACAAACCUCUGAGGACCUUCAUCGCUCUGGUGGGUCUGGAGGUCUGGUCCAGCGGGGACCAGAUCUCGGUGACGCCUCCCGCCGGGGCCAACCUCAACGCCUUCAUGACGUGGAGGAACGACGUGCUGAUGAAGAGGAAGAAACACGACAACGCUCAUCUCAUCAGUGCCAUCGACUUCGAGGGAGCCACGGUGGGGCUGGCCUACAUCGGGACUCUGUGCUCGGGUCACUCGGUCGGGGUCGUGCAGGAUCACAAUGACAAAGCCAUCGCCGUGGGAGCGACCCUGGCCCACGAGAUGGGCCACAACCUGGGCAUGGACCACGACGACUCCAGCGCCUGCGCCUGCUCCGGGGACAGCUGCAUCAUGGCCGCCGCCCUCAGCUGGAAAAUCCCGCGGACGUUCAGCAGCUGCAGCAGCAGCAGCUUUGAGCGGUACCUGGUGAAGCGCAGCCCCGGCUGCCUGCUGGACAAACCCGACUACCGGGCGGUGGUGGCGCCGGCCGUCUGCGGAAACGGCUUCAGGGAGGCGACGGAGGAGUGCGACUGCGGCACGGUGGAGGAAUGCAUGAACCCCUGCUGUAACGCCACCAGCUGCACCCUGAAGCAGGGCUCUCAGUGUGCUGAGGGAGACUGCUGCCUCAACUGUCAGAUCGCGCCUCGCUCCCAAGAGUGUCGCAGCAAGCAGGACGACUGCGACCUGGCGGAGUACUGCGACGGCACGAGCAACGUCUGCCCCGAGGACGUGUUCGCCGUCAACGGCCUCCCGUGCGACAAGGGCCUGGGCUACUGCUACAACGGCCAGUGUCCGCAGAGGGCGCGCCAGUGCGUGAAGAUGUACGGACCGAAUGCGGAGGAGGCGCGUCAGGGCUGCUACGACCAGAACACCAGAGGGGUUUACUACGGCUUCUGCAGACGACCCGCCAAAGACCGCUACCUGCCCUGCCAGCAGGAGGAUAAGUUCUGUGGGAAGCUCUUCUGCCACGGCGGAAGCACAAACCCCAACUACGGCCGCAUGGUCCAAGUCGGCAACUGCAAGGCGGCGUUCUUCGGCGACCACACCAAAGACUUCGGGCAGGUGGAGCCCGGGACCAAGUGUGGAGACGGAAAGGUGUGCAGCCAGAACGAGUGUGUGGACCUGGAGACGGCGUACAGGAACGUGAACUGCUCGUCCCGAUGCCCCGGCCACGCCGUGUGUAACCACAGAAGUGAGUGUCAGUGUGAGCCCGGCUGGGUCCAACCGUCAUGUGAUUCGAAGGAGGCGGCGUUCAGCGGUCUCUCUCCGGGCGCUAAGGCCGGCAUCGCACUGGCCGUUCUUCUCCUGGUCUGCGGCCUCGCCGCCGCCAUCUUCGGAUUCAUCUGGAAGAAAAGACAAAGUCCUGUCCUGCCAACGUCUCACAGGAAGCCCCCCGCGGUGCAGCGAGCGGCUCCCAGCCAGCCGCCGCCGCUCAGACAGGGCGUGAAGCCGAAGCCCAAAGGAGCUCCGCCUCCUCCGCCUCCCGCUGGGAACAAAGCCAAGCCUGCAGGGCUGAACUACAUGGCUGCACGGCAGGCUCUAAGACCCGUCCCCCCUCCGAAGGUCUGAAGGGGGCCCGCCGGAGACUCACCUGCUGGUCCGUGUCCUCUGCACGGCGUCCUCCCGGCUGUUCCCGACGCCGUCAGCCAGAAUUUUUACACACAAAGCACUUUGAAUCCGACGGCGCCGGAGCGAGAGCGGGAAGCGGCUCCGCUCCUCAACGUGAGCCACACCUCGGGUUCCUCAACUGAACUGAACCGUCGACGCUUUUUAACCCUCCACGCUUAAACAUUUCAGCCUCUGCAGACGCUCAGAAGAAACAAAGCACGGCCGCAUUUACGAUUCAAUCUCAAGCUUUGCUUGAAAAAUUCAUUUUUAGUGACAGAAAAUGAG